AUGUCGGAGGACAUACGCCGGCAGCUCCUGCAGCUGCUGCUGUACGUGAAGGAGGGCGAGGCGCUCUUUGAUGCAUCAUCCAACCAGAACGACGACGCCGACGAAGAAGAAGAAGAAGGCGUGAUGACGCCUUGCGUAGACGAGAGUAAGCCGUUGGGAAUUCGGGCACCGGAUUUAACAGCUGCGUCGUGUGCAUCGGCGCCUCACGCAGCGAGCAGCACCGAGCGCGUGCUGCGCAUUGGGCGCGACACCCACGAGAAGGCGCGGCGUGCGCUGCGGGAGGCGGCGGCAAGUCCGGCCUUCAGCUUCGCCGUCCUCCGCCGCUGA